GAUAUAAAUAUUUCAACACCCCAUCGUUUCGUCAUAUCGUCUCGUUUCCCGUUCCAUCACAUUGUAUUCACCCCAUUACUUUGUAUCUUUCUCUGUCUCAUUACCAUCAUCAUCUUUCUCUUCGGGUUUUGUAGCCAAAAGCGUUUUUGAGACGCUGAGUUGAGGUUGCGACAGGUGGUGAGUGAAAGUGUCUUCGAACAGUUCGACUUUGAGUCUCGGGUUUGCUUAUUUGUUCAAACAACGACUGGGAGAAUGGCCAACCACACUGUCGGUGAUGCUGCUAAUCAGGGGAAGGCUGAUGGCGAUAGGACCAUGACGGAUGCUUCGAAUGCUGCCGCGCAUACUGCUGAUGCCGGAAAGGCGAAGGCGGAUCAGGCUGCUGACGCCGCCCAGGAUUACUCUAGACAGGCUGGUGACAUAAUUGCGAACACCUAUGACAAUGCCAAGGACAAUGCACAGAAGGCUGCAGCAAAUGCCAACGACUACAGUCAACAGAAGGCUUCGGAGGCACAGGACGCUGCCAGAUCCGGAUACCAGAGUGCCGCGAACUCGGCCCAAGAUGCUGCGCAGCAGGGGAAGAGCACUUUUCAAAAUGUAGCGAACAAAGUGUGUGCCACCGCCGCGUCCGCUAAAGACACUGUUAUCGACAAUGCUGUCGCUGCCAAGGAUUCUGCGUACUCCGGUGGUCAGCAGUCUAGAGACGUAACAGCGCAAAAGGUUGGCGAGGCCCAGGAGGGUAUUAAAAACAUGGCAAUUACGGGACAGGAGGGUGCGCAGGCCGCCAAGGGGUACGUCCAACAGGCUGUAGACACGGUGCUUCAAACUGCUUAUGCUGUGAAGGAUGCGGUUGUGGGUAAGGCUCAACAAGCCGCCAAUGUUGCAGUGGAUGCCAAGGAUACCACGGUGCAGAAGUCUAUGGAGACUUACGAUGCUGGCUCGACGAAGGCAGCGGGCACAACCAGUGCCGCAAAGGAUCAAAUCUUGGCCGCCAAGGACACCACUGUGCAAAAGGCGAACGAGGCUUACAACAUGGCCGCCCAGAAGGCCAAUGAGGCAUACAACUACGCUGCAGACACCGCCAAUGUCGCUGCUCAGAAAGCUGUGGCGGCCAAAGACACUGCCGUAAUCACGGCAACGGACACUUACCACGCCGCUGUCGACAAGACUCUGCAAGCCAAGGACACCGCUGUUCAUGCAGCCGACGAUACCUACAACGCUGCUGCCACGAAGGCACUGCAAACGAAGGAUGCGACUGUCAAAGCAACAGCGAAUGCAUACAAUGCUGCUGCACAGAAGGCUGUCAAUGCCAAGGAUGUGACUGUAGAUGUCGCAGCGAAGUCAUAUAACACGGUUGCUGAGAAGGCUGUAGCUGCGAAGGAUGCGACCUUGAACACAGCUAGUAAUGGUUACAACACUGCUGCUGAAAACACUGUUGCAGCCAUGGAUGCCACCGCCGCUGAUGCCCGUGUAGCUGCUGAUAAAACAAGUGAUACUACGAACACCAUGGCAGAGCAGGGGAAGGGUUUCCUUCAGAAUGCCGGAAACACACUGCAGGGUUUGAAAGAAUCCGUUGUCAGUAAGACGCAAGCAGCUGGUGCUGAUGCCAAGGCUGCUGCUCACAAAACAUCUGUGGAUGCCCAAAAUGCAGUGAACUAGAUGUACGCCAUUAGUCAAAGCCUAACAUUUCAAAGUAGAUCAAAGUAGUGGGUGAUGUGUAGAUUGUGAGGGUACAUUUGUACCGCACCCAAGUAGUUUUGAAGUGGCAGAAUCAUUUAUUUUCUGAGAAAUGUCGGUGUUAGGUUUGAGGGUUAUAGAUUUUGCGGAGAUUACAUUGAUUGGCGGUCGUGAAAUUAUGAAAGCAUGGCUUAUUCAUGCUGUACAUAUGAAUUCUUCUGCCGAAAAUUCCAAUCGUUUCUCUUUUUACAUGAUUGGUCAAA